UUACAACCGUAGAGGAGAGAGCGUAAAACCGAGGUCGCGUUGCAUAUUAUUUAUUUCAGAUAUCCCAUACGGAUCAAGUACUCUUUAAACACCACAAAAUGCCAAGCCAAUUGCGUUUCAACGGCCGAGUAGUUGUGGUAACGGGAGCUGGUGCGGGUUUGGGUCGAAAUUAUGCAUUGUUAUUUGCGUCUAGAGGUGCUAGCGUAGUUGUAAACGAUUUAGGAGUUAACAGACACGGAGAUGGGAAUAGCACCAAGUCUGCGGAUACUGUGGUACAAGAAAUUCAGCGAAAUGGAGGAAAAGCUGUUGCAAACUAUGAUUCGGUACUGGAUGGUGAGAAAAUUAUUGAAACUGCAAUCAAGACAUUUGGUCGUGUUGAUGUAGUUAUUAAUAAUGCUGGCAUUCUGAAAGAUGCAUCAUUUGCAAAGAUGACAGAAAAACAAUGGGAUAUGAUAUAUGAUGUCCAUCUGAAAGGUGCUAUGAAAACAACGAAAGCGGCAUGGCCGUACUUUCUUAAGCAACGAUACGGUCGCGUAAUCUUGACUUCAAGCAACAGUGGCUUAUAUGGGAAUUUUGGACAAUCCAAUUAUAGCAUGGCAAAAAUGGGUCUUGUAGGACUUGCUAAUACAUUAGCUAUUGAAGGCGCACAGAAAAAUAUUUACACUAAUGUAAUAGUGCCUACAGCUGCCUCGCGUUUAACAGAAGGUAUCAUUCCACCAGACUUUUUUAACGAACUAAAGCCCGAGUUGAUAACACCUGUUGUCUUCUGGUUAUGUCACGAGAAUUGUACAGAAAACGGUUCGAUAAUUGAAUCAGCAUUAGGCUGGGCUGGCAAAUGUCACUUAAUUCGCUCAUCGGGUUGCAUUUUACGACAAGAUCUAUCGUCUGACGUUACACCAGAAGCAGUGCAAGAAAAUUGGUCGAAAAUAACUGACAUGACAUCAACAAAGCGGUUCAAUUCAAUUCAAGAGGUAACAGGAGACUUAUAUAACAUCAUCGAUCAACUGAAAAACGGUGCUUCUUCCGAUAACGAAGGAAGUCCUAUGUUCAAGCACAGUUAUAAUUAUCGCGACAUUAUAUUAUAUGCACUCGGAGUUGGAGCUACUGUUCAAGAACCAAGCGAUAUGCGCUAUCUGUACGAGAAUUGCGAGGAAUUCGCUAUUUUGCCUACCUUCUACGUUUUGUACGGACCUAUCGGAUGCAUGAAUACUUCUUUGUUGCAGAAAGCUAUACCACAUUUACAAGUUGACAUGACAAAAAUACUACAUGGGGAGCAGUAUUUAGAAAUCUACAAGCAAUUACCUGUAGAAGCUACGGUAGAAACACAUUACAAGGUGCAAGAUGUCUUGGAUAAGGAGAAAAGCGCAGUUGUUUUGAUUCAACACGACACUUAUGACACAACAAACGGAGAAAAAUUGGCGAGUGGGCAGAUGACUGCGUUCAUCGUCGGUACAGGUGGUUUUGGAGGGAAACGAACGUCACCGCAUAGCAUUCCGUUGGUUGAUCCACCCGCUCGAAAUCCGGACAUGUCGAUCACGCAACAGACGAGUUUUGAUCAAGCUGCUUUAUACAGACUGAGCGGAGAUCUUAACCCAAUGCAUAUUGAUACUAGUUUUGCCGCGAUAGCAGGAUAUGAAAGACCGAUAUUGCACGGGCUGUGUUCUCUGGGAUUCUCUACACGACAUGUUCUUCGAGCCUAUGCUGGUGGAGAUCCGAAUUUAUUCAAAUCUAUCAAGACGAGGUUUAUAAAGCCAGUUCUGCCGGGUCAAACGUUGCGUACUGAUAUGUGGCGUGAGAAUAAAAGGAUACAUUUCCAAACAUCUGUCGUCGAAACCGGCACACCCGUUGUAGCAGGCGCUUACAUCGAUCUGCAGGACGUUAAAAUGGAAAUACCGCAAACGAAUCCAUGUUCCGCGAAAGAUAACAUACAGAGCAACGCUAUAUUCACAACUAUAGAUGAGCAGAUGAAAUUAAAUCCGCAAUUAGCUAAGUCAAUUAACGCAGUCUUCUUUUACAUCAUAACCAUCGAUGGGAAACCAGUAGCUGAAUGGACUCUUGACUUGAAGAAUGCUAAAGUAUACAAAGGACGACCUAGCUCAGGGAAAGCAGAUGUGACGCUCACUCUAGACGAUAAAGAUAUGGUUGAAAUCGCAUUGGGGAAAUUAAAUCCACAGCUAGCAUUUGUACGUGGAAAGUUAAAAAUAAGCGGAAAUAUCAUGCUAGCGCAAAAAUUGAAAAGUAUUAUGGAUGUCAACAAAGCUAAGCUUUAAUUUCUUCCAUAUAUUUCGUUUGUAGCUUUAAAUAAAAUCAUACACACAUAUAUAUAUAUACACACAUGUGUGUGUGAAACAUAGCAGAAGCUACGUUGUUAUUCGGGGAUAUAUAUGUAUAAUUAUUAUGUUGGUUUUAAGUUCUCACUAAAUAUUUGUAGGGUGGUUGGUCAUACGGUCGGUUAUUAUGAGUAAAUUGCAAUAUUAUUUUUAUAUACUUAUAUUGUAAUAUAUUUUUAAUAAAGUCACAAUAUGCAUAUAAAUGUUUAAAUAUGUUGGUCACACAAUUAUAAAUUUAUAAACUGAUGUAAUAAUAUAUAUUAGGGGUCUGGGAGGAUAUUACUAGGAAAAUGAAUAUACUACUUAUGUAAAAACGAACAUAUUAUGUAAGAAUGAAUAUUCUUUAUAAUAUCGAGAAAAUCGAUCAA